GUCUCUAACACGAAACUAAUCACUUCUCACGCUUUCUCUCUCCCCCCUUCCCUUCAAAACAUCUAUGGUCACAGAAGCCAUGAAAUCCCCUGAAACAAAGCUUUCUCUCCUCCCGCCAUCGCCGUCGCCGUCGCCGUCGCCAUCUUCAUCAAAUUACAGCUCCGACGAACCCAAACACCAAAUCAAACGCCAAAAAAAGCGUUCAGAUCCCCACCACCGAUCCCCCACCGAAGAAGAAAACCUAGCACUCUGCCUCCUCAUGCUCUCCGACUCCCAAUCCCCACCCCCAAAUCUCACCCACAAAUGUUCCCUCUGCGGCAAAGCUUUCCCGUCAUACCAAGCCCUCGGUGGCCACAAAACUAGCCACCGCAAAUCCGCAUCCACCACCGCCGCCGCCGAAGACCGCCUAUCCGCCGGCUCCCCUGUCGCCUCCGCAGUCUCCGGCAGCGCACGGAUUCACCAAUGCUCAAUUUGCCAUAAAACCUUUCCCACCGGCCAAGCGCUCGGCGGACACAAGCGGUGCCACUACGACGGCACGAUUGGCAGCGCUGCCGGCUCCCGCCCCCGUGGAUUCGAUUUGAAUCUGCCACCGGUGCCGGAAUUUGGGUUCGAAAUUGGAGGAAGAUGUAAUUGGAUUUCGGAGGAAGAAGAUGAAGUGCAAAGUCCGAUUUCAAUUAAGAAGCCGCGAUUAUUCCUCACCACUUAGUUGGAAAUUGGAAAAAAUAUUACAUGUGAAUGAGAUAGUUAUGAAUUUGGUACAGAAUGAUAGUAUUGGCAUGAUACUGUAGGUACAAUAUCAUCCCAAUAUCAUUCGAAUAUCACCAUCAGUUCAAUAUUUGCUCGGGAAAAUGGGAAUUGAGACUUCUUCGCGUUGCGUCAUUAGCAGGCACGUAAGAUUCGCCGCGCCGACUUUGACAUUUAUCUAACCGUUCAAUCAUAAGAAGAUGAUUCGUCAACUAAUUCAGAGUUGAAAAUAAAAUUUCAAAAUUAUUAGUUAGAGAAUAUAUGAUAAGUAUUAUCAUAUGUUUUUCUUAUAAUUUUGAAAACAUUCUUUUUUUUUUCUUUUUAAUGUACAGAGAAUUAUUCAUUUUUUGUAGAACCAUUCAUUGUCCUUGAUAUACAACAUUAAUAUCGCUUUA